CAGCUACACGCCACCAAAACAAUACAGCUAGCUCUCACUUCACCGUACAUUACUCCCUUUAUCAUCAUUGAAAGGGCUACAUACCAGAUAUCCUUCUUGUCUCGCUUCCUCCAUGCUUAGUGUGGAGAGUAGUGCGACUCAGGCUGGUCCUUAAUCAUUCAUAUUCGUUGGAAACAACAUAACGUCCAUCUGUCUUGACAUUUGAAAUUGAAUACGCUUGGGCAUCAUGCCCGCAUCAACGGUUGAAACUCCAGCCGUUGCGCUGUCUUUCGCAAAUAACUUCUGGGGCAAGGAAGAUGCUGGCGUGGCGCCCCUGCUGAGUCGCAUGACUGCGGCCAAGACAACAUGCGAUGAACUACGAGCAUUCUAUGGCGCUCGAGCGUCGAUUGAAGAGGAAUAUUCCCGCAAAUUGUUGAACCUGAGCCGCAAAGCCUUAGGAUCGCAGGAGUCUGGUACAUUGAAGACAUCGUUGGAUACCGUCCGAGGCGAAGUCGAACAGAUGGCCAAGCAGCACCAACUUAUUGGCGCAGAAAUGAAGUCAGAGCUUGAGGAACCACUCGCCGCCUUUGCUGGCGGAAUGAAGGAGCGACGAAAGAUUAUUCAGAACACCGUCGAAAAGCUGUUGAAGGUCAAGAUGCAGCAGACACAGCAGGUCAAUAAGACACGAGACAAGUAUGAGCAAGAGUGCUUGAAGAUCAAGGGCUAUCUUGCCCAAGGCCACAUGGUCAUGGGCCAAGAAGAACGACGUAACAAAGCCAAACUCGAAAAGACACAGAUCAGCCUCGCAACUUCCAAUACGGAGUAUGAGAAUGCAGUCAAAGCACUUGAAGACACGACAGCAAGAUGGAACAGAGAGUGGAAGUCGGCCGCCGACAAAUUCCAAGAUUUGGAGGAAGAGCGACUCGACUUCACCAAGAGUAGCCUGUGGACGUUUGCCAAUAUCGCCUCCACAGUUUGCGUUAGUGACGAUUCGUCGUGCGAAAAGAUCCGACUCUCAUUGGAGGUUAUGGAUGUGGAAAAGGACAUCAUCACUUUCAUUACAGAAAAGGGAACCGGUCAGGAGAUCCCAGACGCUCCCAAGUAUAUCAACUUCUGUCGCGGAGAUGUGACGGAUAACCAAUCUGAUACAUCAGAGGACGACAACUAUUCUGUCGCCCAAUUUCCUCGCAGCAUCAACCCUGCUUUCCGCUCGUCAUCUCCUCAACCUUCGACAUUUGAGUCGCAUCAUGAUCCAAAUUCUGCUCUGGCCAACGACCUGGCGCACAGAGAAGUUGCUCCAAGCAAACGUGACCUUCCAACCCAGAAGCCGGCGACGCUGCCCCCUGACGAGAUACUCCAAAUCGGCACCCAAAAGCCUCAGCCUCAGCAGAUCCAGGCGCCUCCUCAACAGCGUCAACAGCAGAUACAGCGUCCUUCUCAGAUGCAACACCCCUCUCAACUGCAAUAUGCUCCCCAACAACAGCAUCCCUCCCAAUUGCAGCAUCACUCUCAGCUUCAGCACCCCUCGCAGCUGCAGCAUCAUCCCCAGCACCAGUACUCUCCUCAGCGUCAGCAACCUUCCCAGCAGGUUGCUCACCAUACAGGGCACCACAUGCAACAGCAGAUGAGGCCUCUGGAAAUGAGAACCGCAGAUAGCAGAUCUGGGGAUAUGAGACAUUCAAAUAUGCGACAUCCAGAUACGCGACAGCACGAUCCAAGGCCGUCUUUAGAAAUGCGCCACUCUGGGGAAGUUCGGCCUUCGAUGCAGUCUCGACCAAGUGCUGAUGCAAGGCAAACAAUGGAUACAAGGACAUCUCUGGAAAUACGGCGACCAAUGGAGGACCCGUAUCGUCGUCAACAACCUGCGGGUCAUAUGUCGUAUGAUGCCAAUCAGCAUGGCGCUGUUGCAGCGGUGCCACACGACCCUUACCCCCUGGAUGGCAUGACGAUGCUAUGCAGGACUGGGCCCAGCCCCAUCUCAGACCAGAGUUCGCAGGUGACAUCUGCUCGACCUUCAAGCAGAGACUCACAUAGUGAUUAUUCGAACCCCAACUCGUUCUCUAGUGUAGAACCACCGAGCGGCAAGACCUCACCCGUCAAACAAGAUCCUAUAAAGUCAGACCCAGUACCAACUCAAGCACCAGCGCCAGUAUCAGCAUCUGCACCUGCACCUGCACCGGCACCAGCUCCUGCUCCGGCGCCAUGGUGGGUUCUUAAAGAAUCAUAGUCCCUUCAGACGCAAGAGCAACAAGGAUCUUCAACAGUCAAACAGAAACACAUGGCAUGCAUCGAGCACGCAAAACUCUGGUAGUCCCGUUCGCAGACCACAGUUACAAACACAGCAGUCAAGCAAUGUUGCCACCCAAGAACGUACACAGAGUCCUGAACCUAUCGAC